CUCACAGUCCUGCGCAUGGUUGUGCGUAAACGCUGCUAAAAUAGUUGGCGGCGUUUAAAGCCCCUUCAGGCGCGUACAACUCUGGCCUUCAUUCAUGUUUUUUUUUUUUUUAUUUGCAACACAUUCACGUCUGGGUAAUGUGCACAGGAAUAGAUCAACACUACUCCAAACCUCUUCCGCAUAUUGGAUUUCUAUGCAAAGAGAAGGUCGCCUAUGUCCCUCCAAGGAUUCGGGAAAUGAAGACUGCUGCUUACAUGGACUCAGUAUUUUUUGACUUUUGAAACGUUUUCUGUGCAGUUUUAAUCGAGGGAUUUCUUCAACUCUCGAAGCAUUAUCUGCUCUCUGACUGGGAUUACUCGUUGCUUUGCUUAGGCUACAUUUGAUUAGAACCGAGUUUCGGACAAGCCUGUGCAGAGCAGUGUACAGUGCACGCUUUCGAGCAUAAUGCAUUUUAUUUAGGACACCCUCUGUCUGUACAAAUUAAACCGGGAUGGCGAGCGAGUAUAAUCGCAAUAUUGUGGAAAAGUAUAUCUGCCAUAAACUCUCCAAACAAGGAUACGUGUGGGGAUUUGAUGAUGUCCGAGAUGAAGAUGCUGCUAAUAAUGGCUCAAUAGUUGCCCCUCCACCGACUUUGGUCCGCCGGUGCCGUGAAGCCAACACCGGGCCUGACAACGACAGCUCACCUAACCUCUGCAGACGGCUCUCUCAGUCCGACCCGCACGCCGAGAUCCACAGAGUCCUGCGCGAGGCUGGAGACGAACUUGAGAGAUUAUACCAGCCGGACUUCACGGAGAUGUCGCGGCAGCUCUAUCUCACCUCCACCACGGCGCAGAGAAGAUUCGCCGAGGUGAUAGACGAACUGUUCCGGGACGGGGUGAAUUGGGGCCGGAUUAUCGCUUUCUUCGAGUUCGGGGGCACGGUGUGCGUUGAGUGCGCGGCCAAGGAGGAGAUGACAUCGCAGGUGGACAACAUCGUGGAGUGGAUGACGGAGUAUUUAAAUGGACCUCUUAACAGCUGGAUAAAGGAUAACGGGGGAUGGGAUGCCUUUGUGGAGCUGUAUGACAGACAGAGGGAGUCCGUCUUCAGUUGCUCCUGGCCCUCCAUCAAGACAGUCUUCGGCCUGGCUGCACUCGGGGCAGCGAGCCUCACCAUCGGAGCAUACCUUACACAGAAGUGAACCGAGCCCCUGUAUUCUAUCAGCUCGACUUUAUUCUUCAACAUCCUCCUCCUUUUCCUCGUGCCUCUCCUUUAUUCCUUUUUAAAGACGGUCCUGACCCCUCAGAGACAACCUUCAGACUCUUCCGAAUUUGGCUCUCUUCAAAGCCCUCUCUCAGAAAACUCCCUCUUCCUCGCCCCUCCGUGUCAAAACAGACACAAAUCAAAACAACUGAAAGAACCAGAUGCGCAGCCCAUACAGAGCAAAGGAUGUCUUGAAAAGAGGCAGCUUAGAUGUAAUCACUCUAAGCUGCCUACAUCUGAGGAGAGAGGAGCGAUCAGUGGUAUGCAUCUACCUUUUUUCUUUUUUUUUUGUUCUGCCUGCUUCUGUACUAGUUAUAGCAUGAACGUUGAGUGUUAGUGUAGACGUUGCAUGAUGUGUCAGAGCUCAUGCGAGACCUCUAGUUGAAGGCCUUGAUGAUGGGGGUGCAGGGACGAUGAUGAUGAUGAUGAUGAUGAUGAUGACGAUGGAGAUGAUGACGCCCCACACACCGGAGAGGAAGCGGCCUCAGCCACGCCCCUGCUUGUUAGGGUGAAGAACCCCGUUUGAACUGUGGACUCCAGUUACCCCCCUGCAGCCGUCCUUCAAAGGACUUCCUCCACAGAACAGCUGCUCAGAAUGUAUAAUGGAAACAGCUUGCUCGAACCAGCGCAGUGUGUGUCUGCUGCUUUCACUCCUCAGAUGGCUCCAGUGAACUCUGAACACACUGCACCAUUAUACUUUCCCUGGACUUUUUAAUAGAGGAUGGACCAGUGGAAGACUGAGCUCAGCUUUUGGAAGUUUCUGAAAGCUCUUUGAUUGCGUUUUUUUUUUUUUUUUAUGUUGACUUUUAAUUUUUGCAACAUGCCAAACCCCAGCAGAGAAAGAUGGUUAUUUUAAGGAGUGAAAAAACACACGGAAGAAGCCUGUUGUUGCAGAAAAAUGUCAUAUGCUGAUGAAUAUAUAGAGAAAUGAUGAGCAGAGCACAAGCGUGAGGUAGAAAUAAAAUAAAGACUGUGUUUUGCAUCUUAAGAUGGGAGUGGGCCCCUGCAACAUAAACGGACAAGAUUUUAAGAAUGCAUUCCUCAAGUGAAGCGAUGUGAACGAGACUACACCUCUGCUAAAUUAUUCCCCCUCAAAAAACUCAAACACGCUCUAAAGCAACUCUAAAAGCUAUCAGUUCUUUUUUUAUCCUCUACCUCUGUUGCAGUUUUCCUACUCUUCACUCACUCAGCUGACCCUGUCCACGUGUCCUCCAGCUGCUGAGGCCCCCACAGCCACCCUGUAAUGCUAGAAUCCAUUCUGACAAAGACUCUUGUGGACGUGGACCGAGAAAACCUCGCUUGGCCACAGACGACUGAGUGGAGUACCACGACAGCAGGGUUUCACUUUAGCACUAGAGUCAGUGUGUCCCGUGUGCUGGAACCUGAGAUGUCCCUUCUCUCCAGUCUGCAAAUGCAUCCAGUCAUUGAUUUGUUCCUUUCAGCCUGUUUUUUUUUUUUUU